AGCAGAAGAGCAGCUCCAUUUGCGCUAUAUUUUUAAUGAAAUGAGCUUGCUCUCUCUCUCUCGCUCUGUGUGUGUGUGUUUGUUUCAAUAAUGGAAUUUUUGCAGGACGCUAGGAUCCUCGUUUCUCGAUUGCAGCGACAACAAUCAAUUGUUCCUCAUUCUCUACUUCUUCGCCUGUAAUCGCCACCACUCCGGAGAAUUUCUCUUUUAUCUGUCGCUUUUGUCUCAGGGUUAUAUGUAAUCUGAAAGUUUGGGAGGGUUGGAGUUAUCGUUUGGAUUUUUGAGUGCGCGGAUGAGGAUGUCUGCGAGGGAGCAUCAAACAGUCCCGCUUUCUGUUCUGCUAAAAAGAGAAUUGGCGAACGAGAGGAUUGAGAAACCUGAGCUGUCGCAUGGGCAGGCUAGUCAGAGUAAGAAAGGGGAGGACUUCACGUUGAUCAAGACUGAAUACGAAAGGGUUGGUGGCGAUGGGGUCAGCACAUAUUCCGUUUUCGGGUUAUUUGAUGGGCACAACGGGUCUGCAGCUGCAAUAUACACAAAAGAGAAUCUUCUAAGCAAUGUCGUAAAUGCCAUUCCUCCUGACCUUAACAGAGAUGAAUGGGUAGCGGCAUUGCCACGAGCUUUGGUUGCGGGCUUUGUGAAAACAGAUAAAGAGUUUCAAGCAAAAGCACAAACAUCAGGAACAACAGUCACCUUAGUGAUAAUUGAAGGAUGGGUCAUAACAGUUGCUUCUGUCGGAGAUUCCAGCUGCAUUCUUGAAUCUGCUGAAGGAGAUAUCUAUUGCUUGUCAGCAGACCAUAGGCUUGAAUGCAAUGAAGAAGAGAGGGAGCGCAUUACUGCUAGUGGAGGUGAGGUGGGACGACUUAAUACUGGUGGGGGUGCAGAGAUUGGUCCUUUGAGAUGUUGGCCAGGUGGCUUGUGCCUUUCACGAUCUAUUGGAGAUGUAGAUGUCGGUGAAUUCAUUGUUCCUGUUCCUUAUGUGAAGCAAGUUAAGUUAUCUACUGGGGGUGGUAGGGUUAUUAUCUCAAGUGAUGGUGUUUGGGAUGCUUUAUCUACUGAAGUGGCUCUUGAUUGCUGUCGUGGAAUGCCUGCAGAAGCUGCUGCUGCACAAAUUGUCAAACAAGCUGUGCGCAUGAAGGGGCUUAGGGAUGAUACAACCUGCAUUGUGAUUGAUAUAUCGCAACUGGAUAAGCCGGCUGCUCCUGUGCCAGCACCAAAGAGACAGGUGAGGGGAGUGCUCAAGUCCAUGUUUCGCAGAAAAUCCUCAGAACCAUCUCCUCAAGUUGGUAAUGAAUAUAAAGAUGUGGUAGAGGAAUUGUAUGAGGAAGGAUCAGCCAUUCUUUCUGAGAGGUUAGAUACGAAGUAUCCACUUUGCAACAUGUUUAAGUUGUUUAAAUGUGCAGUCUGUCAAGUAGAGAUGAAACCUGAAGAGGGCAUUUCAAUACAUGCUGGCUCAACUAAUUCAAGAAUGCUGCGUCCCUGGGAUGGUCCCUUCCUUUGCGUAAGUUGCCAGGAGAAGAAAGAAGCCAUGGAAGGAAAGAGACCAUGAGGAGAUAGAAGCGAACGUGACUAGCUUGCCUGCCAUCCCCAUAUUUGUGUGCUAACAAUUGUUUCAAAGUUUAACAUACAUAGGAAGAUGGAACCGCUUCACGCUGUUCCCCUGUUCAAUUCUCUUGGGGGGGGGGGGGUGUGUCAGCCAUUUGUGUUCAAAUUAGCAUUUUGAUCUCCUCAGCUGCUUUAUUGCUUCAAAUCAGAAGACCAGAGUUAGAGCGACUCAAUUAGGCAAAUCUGUUUCUGGCUGGAGAAAUAACAGCUGUGGCUGCCACCUCCUAACAUUCAUGGAAGACUUUGAUGAAGCUUGCCAGUGCUUAGUGACACAUCAGAGAUCAUUUAUUUUUCCAUCCGAGUCAAUUCAUUGUCCAAUUCGUAGAGCUAACAUCAACUUCAAGUCACAAUGGCCUUAUGUGUAAUAUUGUUAUAUAGGCCGUUCAUUCAAAAUGAGGCAAAACUUGUACUAUCAGCCUGCUGUAUGAAUUUGUUCAUGUAACAUUCACUCCUUCCCUUUGACGCCGCAUGUGAAGCUUCAUUAUUUCGUUCAA